UCGUCAUCCUGUUUGCACCCACCAUGGGCAGCGGAGCAUCACCUGGCGUUUCCCGGCCCCGCAAGGCAUGUUUGGAGAACGCGGAUAGGGAGCGUAAAGAGAAGGAGUGGUUGGCUUCACAGUAUGCAGAGGACCAGCGCAAGGAAGAGAUUAGUGAGUUUGUGAUGCUGCACCGGCUUCUUCAUGAUUGCCCUCAGAUGACGAAGCACUAUGCAGACGAAAAGCCCAAGAAGGUGCACGACAUCAAGAAGGUGCAGGCCAUAGUGCCUGUAGUCCCUGCUCAAGGGCCCCGGCGUUCUUCACAAAACUCUCAGAGCUCGCAGGGCUCAGGCGGCAGCUCGCAACCGUUGCUGUUGCCGAGCACUUUGCAGACCACUUAUUCGGAAGAGGUCAAACCACAUCUCUCACGAAAGGUGUCGAUCAACAGCAGUCCGAGCUUUCAGCCCUUGGAUGAAGAAGCUUUGGAGGAAACAACCCGCUGAGCAUAAUUAUGCUGAGCAGAACGGAACUUGCAGAUUUCCACAUUUGUUUGAAACAAUAAUUGCAUGAGGUAGAUGAAGCACAGGUCCUGCCACCAACUUGGACACAGGAUUUUGAUGGCAGGACGUGUUGCUGAGGGCUUGCUGGCAGGUUUUGUGCUGUCUGCUGUCCCGACCUUUAUUCCUACUUAUCUUAUCUUCCUUUAUUGCUGGUAUCUGGCUGGCAUUAAAUUUGUGCUGAGUUGCGUCAACUCUGGCGAAACUCUGGCACUGUUGAUGCGCAUCUUUGACUUGGGUUCUGGAUCUCUAGCAUUGGGUUCUGGAUCUCUCUAGCAAUCGAUGCGUGCUACGAAGUAGUUUCCCAAGGUUUCAAUUUUGAAGUCGAAGAGGUUCCACCCACAGGAUCUGCAAGCCUUCAGAUUUUCCCUGCAAAAACUAUCA